AUUUAAAAAAAUAAAAAAUAAAAAAUUCAUUUUAAACCUAAUGUAAACAGUUCUAUGUGGUCGCUCCUUCCCUCGGCUUCUCUCCCUCUUCCGGCUGAUCUCCCUCCCUCAACCUCCCCGUGUCCGCCGCCCCCCGCCGUCAACCCUUCAUCCACCCACACUCUUAAGACGACGCCCCCUCAGUCUCCCUCUAGUAGUUCCUUCUGAUUUGAAAAUUUUCCAAAUUCAAGUUUCCUAGCGGAGGGACUUCAUUUCUUUGGUGAUUUUUCAUUCGAACUAGCAAUUUCGUUGUCAUGGUUAGUUGGCAGAGAUGUUUACGGUCCAUCCUUGGCCAUUUGCAAAACAAAGUGGAAUUGAGUUACAAUGCAGCUUCCAACUCUAGUUAUCGUUUGCAAUCCUCUCUUUCGAAUGGGGAAUUGCCUUAUUUACAGAGACUUCUGAAGCCAUCCUCAGCGGGCAUUGCACAACCUGAUUUUCGGUGUCUCCAACAGAUGGGAAUUUCCAGUUCAAGGAUGCUAUUGGCAGAUAAACCUGAGGAAGCAGUCUCAUCUCCUCUGACAUCUGCUUUGGCUUUAAGCAGCGGAAAAGAUGGAGAUAAAACAGACCAAAAAGUAGUCUGUAAACGUUCCAAAGUCCAAGCUGUAUUAAAGGGAAUCAAACAGAGUCCCAAAAAGGUCAACUUGGUUGCUGCUCUAGUUCGAGGCAUGCGUGUUGAAGAUGCACUGAUGCAGUUACAAUUAACUGUGAAGCGAGCUUCAAAAACUGUUUAUCAGGUCAUUCAUUCAGCCAAAGCAAACGCAACCCACAACCAUGGAAUGGAUGCAGAUCGACUCCUUGUUGCUGAAGCAUUUGUGGGUAAGGGAUUGUUUCGGAAAAGAUUAUCAUAUCAUGCUAAAGGAAGAUGUGGAAUCGAAGUUAAACCAGAAUGCCGACUAACAGUUGUUCUUAGGGAGACAACACCUGAAGAAGAGGCAAAGAUAGCAAAGCUUAAAGUAAGUAAUUUCCGCAAGCUUACCAAGCGUGAAAACCGACUUGUACCUCAUAAGCUUAUUGAGACCACACCUAUCUGGAACCGGAAGGGCAAAGCCAGAGCGACUACAGAAUGUUGAAAGGCUUCGUAGUAUGAUAAUAACUGCUUCCACUUGUUUUUAAAGACUCCCUUGAUCUCUUUUCUUCGUCCAUUUCAAUUAUGAGAUCUUCCAAGAAAGAUUUGUAUGUCAUAUCUAAGGAGCAAGUUGUAUAACCUUCGUCAUUCUCUUUGAUGUUGGCUAGUUUAGAAGAUGCUGCUUUGCCAGUUUGUUUGGAGGUGAUUUUUGAUUCGUCAAUUAGCACCGAGUUGGUUUGUUUUGGCAUCAGCUUCAAGUCUCCCUUUGCAUUCAAGACUCUAAACCCUCUGAGUUGCAAGUUCUGGCCCUUUGUUGGCAAUUCUCUCUCUUAGAAGUUGUUUAUGCAACAAUUUUCACUUUCAUCAUCUGUUGGAGGAUCUUUGUGUUAUGAGAUAUUUGAAGCGGUGUUCUCUGCUCAGAUGAUUUUGAAGUAUUGAUCUCUUGGCUGCUUUGCAUUGAUCAA